AUGACUGACGCUACCAAAGGACCCGUCUCGAUAACUUCACAAACACGGCUCUGUUGGGAAGCGUUCGAUAUAGCAGCGAUUGCUUCCAUAUUGGAUGCUGCACAUCUCAAGUCCACCCGAGAACGAUUCGAUAAAUGGUGUCGGGAAAGUGGUAGUCACCUUGGGGGGCUUCAGUCACUAGACGAGCGUCUACGAGAUGCUCCAAAGCCGAAGAUUUUGGUCAUUGAGUGCCUCGAGGGUGUCUUGGAGACCCUCACAAAAAAUGCUCAGCCGACAACCGAGGCCUCGUCCCAAGACGAAAAGAGCAGGCCCAUGGAAGACAUUGUGCUGGAAAGAUUCUUGUCUAGCAUUGUGUCGGAGAACCCACUAAGCCAUGCCAAUGUGAUGAUCGACGUUCUCUUCCGACUUAAUGUCUUGAUCCGAUCAGACCUGUCUGCAGACCGGUACCAAAGGGCUCAAAUCACCGCGUUCCCCGAUGGCGACGAGAAGCUCUUCUUGAACCUGGAUGAAAAGCAGCUCUGGGAGCUCUUCCCGGCACUGACACAGGAGCUCAUGCAACGGCUUCUGUCUGCAAGUAUACGGCGUCGACGUAUACUCCAGUAUACGCAUGACUGCCGGGAAAAUCUCAAGUUGGAUCGAGAGCAACUUCCGUUGGCAGAAGGGAAAGCCCCCCAGAGACCUGUCACAGAAGCAAUUUCAUCACCAAAAGACGUGGCUUCGGACUCACUUAUCAGCCCUCAAUUAUCGCUCUCCAAUUCUGCUUGGCUAGCCGACAUGGAAAAUGCCAGUGAAACCAGCUCAAUCAGCUCGUUCUCCCGGUCCCUAAAAUACAGGAUCCCGUCCUUUCCCGAGGAGGCUGAUGAUCCAGUCCGAGAUCUGCGCACUUGUAUCGCAUGUUAUCUGCUGUUGCCCUUGCGCAAUCAAAAGCAGUGGGAAACUCAUAUCCUCAGAGACCUUCGGCCCCUGAAAGAUUUUGAGACGCACCUAGCGGAAGCCCAUCCCAACGCCACCAAGUCACUGCCCCCUCAGACACUAGUACGUAGACGAGAAAUAUCAGCAGAGACGGAAAUCACAUGUGCCUUCUGCUCCGAAAAGAUUAAGUCUCGCAAGGAGAUCGAAAGUCACAUCGGCCGACAUCAGAAGCAGAUAGCUCUCAUGGCUCUGUCCAGCAUGCGGGUUAUCCAUCUAAAGUCCCAAGAUGACGAAUCCGACGCUGAGUCCAUGGAUGUCCAGCAUCACACGCCAGACUUUCCACAUGAAGAACAGAUUGGUCAGCAACCAGAUCCAUUAUCGCGGACGAAUACCUUGGAUCAAUAUGAAUCUACAAGCCCGUCACUAACCUCAGGGUCUGAAUCUGAAGCUUCAGGUCGGGCGAUCUCGCAUUCAAAUGCCGCAUAUCCCUCGGAAUCAUCAACAAGCACUAAACCACGGACCUGGCUCUCCAUGCCCAAUUUUGACUACCCUUACGACCCACGAGACGAAUUCUGUCUCGGCCAGGUUCUGAAAAGAAAUAAUGUUACACAUGGGUGUCUGAGCAUCAGUGACAUACUUCCUAUCAGAGAGAGCCUCGAGCAAAUCUCCGGUGAGGGGACCUGGCAAAUGAACUCGAACAAGGGCAGAAAGGCGUCUAUUUUCACCUGGUCUCUUCACAGUUUACUUGACGCCGGCACGGCUUCUCCCACCUCGGUUGGGUUUGAUCAUGGCCCUGUGGCUCCAAUCGUUAGUCAUCAUGCGGAGCUCAUUAACCUGUCACUUUAUACUCACACUGAACAUGUCUACAAUGCCUUUCAACGCCUUCUGGAAACGAUCGAACAGGUAAAAUCGAAUCACAUACGAUGCAGCGGCAAGGUUAGCAAGAUCAUGGACCAGUUCGGUCACCAGCUUAGAGCAGAGUUCCUGAUCUUCAAGAAUAUAUUGUCAGAAAUGACUGACGCUUGCUUUGAAGUGGGUGAGGAUGGCUGGCGUGUAGUGGAAGAAGCAACGUUCAAACGCUGUGGUUCCUACUAUGGAACAUACGUCGACUCUCUCAGCCACAUGAAAAUUGAACUUGCAGACAUCUUUGGAAACUUGGGGCUCAGAUAUUACGAAGAAAUUCCUGGGUCACAUGGCAACGAUACUUCAGAUACUCAUUGGAAAAUUCACAUUCGAGAACUAUUGGCGAGCACAGACCGAUGGACUGCAUUCUUGUCAGCCCUAAUCACCAUCACCGGGGCUGCGGGAGGCGCCUUGCAACUUCAUAUUUCGAACAUCAAAGAUGCGAACGAGCGGCUCAUGGCGGUCAAGAGAGAGGCCCGAAAAGAGCCAUCACAGAAGGCUUUUCAAUGCCUAGAUGAUCUUCGGGACGAUGCGAAGACAGCUGCUGAGGUUCUCGGUGAUGAGAACGGAUUCUUUUGUCAAUGUAACCCGCCACACAGAGUAUUUAUUCGCCUAACCGAUUGCUUUGAUCUGGACAACAGUGAGCCUCCUUCACAGCCCCGAGACCGCGUUUGCAACCUGGUAGUGCAUAACCCAUCACCUCUGGACGCUGCAUCAUGGAAAUGGGCCAGAAUCGAUGCCGAAGUGCGGGGGAGAUCUGGCAAUGCCGCACCAACCCUGCCGGUUGGCUCUUCCAAUCACUCGCACGCAGAGAAGACCAAAUCCGCCUUGAACAAGCAGGGUCACGAGUCUCAGUUUACAGUCCUUCUGACUGAUAUCUUCCAUAAGAAGUCAACCAAGUCAAAGGAAACGAAAGGAAAAGAAGGAUCAUCUUCAAUGAUACUGUCAACAGUCCCAAAAAUGGGACUUUGUGCUUUCAUCCACCACCACAGAAACUUAGAAAAGAGGUCUAACUCGCAGCCUCGGAUAUCUGAUAUUGUACUCUCUCGCCAUAAAUCAGAACUGGGCUUGCAAAUCCAGGAUGACGAGACUCAAACUGCAAGAUUAUGGGCAAAUCCCACAUCAAUUCGAAGUCAAUUCAAAAGUAUCGAUCAUUCGGGCCUGUCGACUGAGGACAAACUACAGCUGGCGUUUUCGGUCGGACUCAGUCUUUUCUAUCUUCACUCCACUCCAUGGCUUCAGAAAUCAUGGAACAGUGACGACGUGUAUCUACCCAAGCAAGAUAAUGGAGUUACAUGCAUCGAGCCUUGGCUAGCAAAACGAACCAGAACACGUCGAUCCUCGACGGACAGUUACGCAACCGACUCACAUGGGGCUGCAAUAUCUCCCAUCAUAACCCGAUUCGGAAGAUUCUUGAUCGAGCUUUGUUACGGCGCACCCUGGGACCAGAUACGCAAUGUUUUUCUGCCAGAUGUGGAGCCUUCUUUGACUUGGGAAGCAGACCUCUCCAUAUUUCUAAAUAUCUUUUCCCGGGAAGAAGAUCCUAGAGUAGCAACAGCAGACAAGCCAUGCUAUCACGAGGACAAGUGGUUCGACGAAUACGCCCAGGCCAUGGCUAUUGCGGCGACCGUGAGUCCCUCGCGGCCAGAGCAACCACAAAACAGAAUACGUAUCGCAGUCUUGGACACUGGCGUCGAUGUGACACAUGACCUGUUGAAAGGUCCCUGGAGAAGAGGUCAGAUCAUCUAUCAAGACUUCGUUAAGCCUGAUGCAAAAUUACCUCAAGACGAACAUGGCCACGGGACGCAUGUCACAUCGAUAGUACUCAAGGUCGCUGAGAAUGUGGAUGUUUACGUGGGUCGCAUUUCACCUGACGGUGAAAAGUUCAAUAGCAGCCAGGUUGAAAAGGCCAUAGAAUGGGCAGUCCAGGAAAAAAAGGCCCACAUCAUCUCCAUGUCCUUCGGUUUCCCUAACGUGGAUCAGAGCCUGGAGCCUAUUCGCCGCGCCAUACUCAAAGCUCAUGCACAAGACGUCCUGUUCUUUGCCGCGACCGGAAAUAAGGGUAAGGGACAUCCGAUCUCAUUCCCAGCCUGUAUGGACGAGGUUAUCUCGGUGGGCUCGACCGACGGCAACAACCAAACGAGCGACUUUGUGCCAAGCCUGGGGCCCGGGAAGCGCCUCUGCACCAUCGGUGAGGCGAUCAACGCUGCCUGGAUUGGCAAGGGGAGAAGAUCACAUGGAACUAUGGUUAGGAAGGCUGGGACUUCGUACGCUACCCCAGUCGCUGCCGGGGUGGCUGCUAUGGUAAUGGAUUUCGUCUGCUCGGAGCAGCACCGGAGAACCAGAGGGGGCUCGGCCACGGAGAGGUACGAGUACCAGAUGCUGAAGACCAAGCGCGGGAUGCUGGCUGUGCUGGCUCAUAUGAUGGAGCGUGACGAGAGAGAUGCCAUCGAACGACUUACGCCGUGGAAAUUAUUUAACAAGAGCCGGGCAGAGCCUCUUAGUGAUGAGCCCAGAUGUGGAAUCUUGGACGAGAUUAUUGUGACUUUGCGCUUGGUUUACACCGGAGCAUAG